AUGUAUUCAUUACUCUUCUCACUCUCUUUUUCCUUCCUCGCGGCCGCCGCUGGCGUUCUCGCAGCCCCGUCAUCCACGACCAAUUCCCUCCAUGACGGGGACCAAUGGGCCGAAUGUAAAGCCCGAUUGAAUGGUGAAUUGCCGUACUACUAUCCGCCGGAUUUCGAGUUCUCAGGUACUGUGCGUCGAUACUAUGUGGCGGCUGAAGUAGAGCCUUGGGAUUAUGCACCGUCAGGCUGGGACAACUGGCUCGGUGUACCGAUGAAUAAAUCCUUCCGCGCUCAGACUUGGGGAUACAUCGCAUCCAACACUAGCAUCGGAACGAAGUACGACAAGGCUUUAUACUUUGGAUACACAGAUGCCACCUUUGAGGAGAGAACAGAAAAUCCUGACUGGCUGGGGUUCCAGGGGCCGAUACUUCGCGCUGAAGUCGGAGAUAUGAUCGAGAUCAUGUUCGUCAACAAGAUGGAUGAGUUCUUCUCGAGCAUGCAUAGCAUGGGACUUUUUUACACCAAGGAUUCUGAAGGAAGCGUAUACUACAAUGGGACCAGCAGUGUUACCAUUGGAGACGCUGUUCCUCCUGGAGGAUGCUUUGUCUAUAAAUGGCUCGUUACACCAGUCUCUGCUCCUAAUCAUGGCCUCGAGAGCAGACUCUUUUCCUACCACCCGUACGUCAGCAUGUACCAAGACCAGGACGCGGGCGGGUUCGGGCCUGUUAUCAUCUACAAUCCGGGGAAGAUGGAGAGCGUGAUGUCGCAGAACCGUGAAUUUGUCCUUCUUUAUUCCGACAACCAGGAAAGCAACUCCUUCCUCGCCUUGCACAACGUCCGCAAAUACCUCCCUGGAAUGGCUUCGCAGGUCGCGAACUUGUCGUAUCAGUACCCCGACCUGAGUUCUGAGGCUGCAAAUCGUAGCAUUUGGUAUCCUCAAUUCAUCAAUACACCAAAGACCAAUGUCACGAGUGGAAUGGCGGCCAAUUUCUUCCCUAUCAACGGCUUUAUCUAUGCCAACAAUCCUCCUUUCGAAAUGUGUGUCGGAGACAGCGUCAUCUGGUACAUCUAUGACAUGGGUUUCGACACACAUGUCUUCCAUAUGCAUGGUGAGAACGUUUACGACCCUGUCAGCAAUACCACUACUGCCACCGUCACCAUGAAUCCGGGCCAGAUGCAGACUUACUGGUUGACUGCAUCCAAUCCCGGAUGGUGGCAAUUGAUUUGCCAUUUUAACACACAUCUCGCUAAGGGUAUGGAGGCCAACUACAUUGUCUACGGUCCCCCGUAUGGGGAUUGCCCUCUCGAGCCGUUGAAGAAGGCCUAG